UCCACCUGCCGAAGAGGUGCCCAAGGUGAACUCCUACCCCUGUCCUGUGUGCUACCGAGUCUAUCCCAUGCAGAAAAGGCUAACACAGCACUUAAAGACACACAGUGCUGAAAAGCCUCACAUGUGUGAUAAGUGUGGGAAAUCGUUUAAGAAGAGGUACACAUUCAAAAUGCAUCUACUAACCCACAUUCAGGCUCUUGGAAACAGCAGAUUUAAAUGUGAAUUCUGUGACUAUGUCUGUGAAAACAAGAAGCUCCUCCUUAACCACCAGCUGUCGCAUACCACAGAUAAACCAUUUAAAUGUGAUUUUUGCAAGUACUCCACUAUCAAAGAAGACUUUCUGGUUUCUCAUGUUGCCAUUAAACACACAGGUGAGAAGCCAUUCUCUUGUGACCUCUGCCAUUUUAACACCAAACACAAAAAGAACUUGCGACUGCAUGUUCAGUGCCGCCAUCAGGAGUAUUAUGAAGACUGGGCAAAGAUCCAUCCUGAAGAGCCACCACGCAGACGCCGUCCAUUCUUCACUCUGCAGCAGAUUGAAGAGUUGAAACAACAGCAUGAGCAGAUGCAGUCUACGCAGGAAAGCAUACGAGAUACCAUU